AUGUGCUCACCUCUACAGCUCACAUUCGUAACUAUCGUCAGCGGCCAUGAGCUCCGCGAUUGCCUCGGACGAGUCUUCGCGCCUUUCCUGCAAAGCUUUGAGGCGACUCCUGAGAAGUUCAUUCCCGGCAACAAAGAAAUCCCUUCGCGAAUCCCCCAGUGGUCCGUGACUGCAGCGAGUGUAGGGACCCGUCAGGACGUCCUGAAAUUGUCUGCGAAGCUGAAAACCACGUGGCAAGUAGAAUGA